ACUCCCUCCUCUAUUUGUCCGCCUCUCUUCUUGUCUGCCCGCCUCUCUCAAAUCCCUCCAGGCCUCCCUCUCUCUCUCUCUCUGCUACAUUACUCUGAAAUCAGUCGAAUCUCGUCGAUACAAUUCUGCCCAUUGACGAUCUCGAUGGAUGCGGAUAACAAAUUUUUCAAUAUGGGGCUUCUCAUUGUGGCCACUCUAGUGGUGGCGAAGCUAAUUUCUGCGCUAAUAGUGCCUAGAUCGGGAAAACGUCUCCCUCCAGUUCUCAAGUCGUGGCCCGUAAUCGGUGGGCUCGUCCGCUUCAUGAAAGGUCCGAUCGUGAUGCUCAGAGAGGAGUACCCGAAGCUUGGGAGUGUAUUCACAGUGAAUGUGGUCAACAAGAAGAUUACUUUCUUGAUUGGUCCCGAGGUUUCGGCACACUUCUUUAAGGCCUCCGAAUCUGAUCUUAGCCAGCAGGAGGUGUACCAGUUCAAUGUACCAACUUUCGGCCCAGGAGUAGUAUUUGAUGUCGAUUACUCGGUGCGGCAAGAGCAGUUUCGGUUCUUUACGGAGUCCUUGAGAGUAAACAAACUGAAGGGAUAUGUCGAUCAGAUGGUUGCAGAAGCAGAGGACUACUUCUCGAAGUGGGGAGACAGUGGUGAAGUGGAUAUAAAGUAUGAGCUGGAGCAUCUAAUCAUCCUCACAGCCAGUAGAUGUCUCUUGGGCCGAGAAGUUCGUGAUAAGCUAUUUGAUGAUGUUUCUGCCUUGUUCCAUGACCUCGACAAUGGAAUGCUCCCUAUUAGUGUUAUCUUUCCAUACCUGCCCAUACCUGCUCAUCGACGACGUGACCAGGCCCGCAAGAAGCUUGCAGAAAUCUUUGCAAACAUUAUCCACUCCCGUAAAUAUGGUGGAAAUGCAGAGAAUGACAUGUUGCAAUGCUUCAUUGAAUCAAAGUACAAAGAUGGUCGCCCGACAACUGAGGCAGAGGUCACUGGCUUGCUUAUCGCUGCUCUAUUUGCUGGGCAGCACACAAGUUCCAUCACCUCCACUUGGACUGGCGCCUAUCUCCUGUGUCACAAGGAGUACCUAUCUGCUGUGUUGGAGGAGCAGAAAAACCUGAUGGGAAAGCAUGGCAGUAAGGUUGAUCAUGAUAUCUUGUCUGAGAUGGAUGUCCUGUAUCGGUGUAUUAAGGAAGCCUUGAGACUCCACCCACCACUGAUUAUGCUGCUACGUAGCUCGCAUAGUGAUUUUAGUGUGACAACCCGAGAUGGAAAAGAAUAUGACAUCCCAAAGGGCCACAUAGUUGCCACAUCCCCAGCUUUUGCAAACCGCCUUCCUCAUAUAUUUAAGAAUCCAGACAGUUAUGAUCCUGACAGAUUUGCCGUUGGGAGAGAAGAAGACAAGGUUGCAGGGGCAUUCUCAUAUAUUUCAUUUGGAGGUGGCAGGCAUGGUUGCCUUGGUGAGCCCUUUGCAUACCUGCAGAUAAAGGCAAUAUGGAGCCAUUUGCUGAGGAACUUUGAGUUGGAGCUUGUGUCACCUUUUCCUGAGAUUGAUUGGAAUGCCAUGGUUGUGGGUGUGAAAGGAAAGGUGAUGGUGCGGUACAAGCGGCGGGAGCUUUCUGUUAAUUAAUCUAGGGAUUUUAUCACUCUGUGCUUUGUGCAUCUAAUCCUUCCUUUCAUCCUUUUAACUCAUCUGUGUUUCCAGAAUGGUUUUGCUCUCUUUUGUUGGAUUGAUACCUUUGUCAGUUUUCUUAAAACUUAUGGUGAUUAUUGUAGCUUGUGAUUUUGUUUUA